AUGGAAUCACUGGAAACCAUCAACCCGGUUAUACUGGCACCAUGGGAAGCACGUAUGCAGACUGAUGAGCCCAUUACCGAGGGAUCAACUAUACCAGGCGGAUCAAUGCAAAUCGCGUUCAGCAGCUCGGCGCGGAAUGAGCUAGUCGGGUUUGGAGUGGCGGUCGAGAAACAACCACCCCGCUAUCGGAAAGUGAGACUGAAGACCUUGUCCGUCACGUUGAGCGCGAGAACAGAGCAAAAUCCAUUUUCCGCGGAGCUGGCGGCAAUGGCGCAUACACUCAAGACGCUCGUGGGAUUGAAAGACUAUAGGAUCACACUGAUCACGACCAACAAGGCGGCGGCUCUCACGUUGAAGAACCCGCGACAACAGUCGGGCCAGGAAUUUAUCCCCAUUAGCGAAGACAACAAACUACUAGGGCUGGCGAAAGAGCCGGCGAGAGCCGCGACGCAAGAAGAUGCCAUCCUGCAAGGACAGGUCCCCAGAAUGAAAUCGACGACUCUAAAGAUUGCGCGUGCCCAAGCAAUCCCCAGCAGUAAACUGCCCGAGAACGUAGGGAGACACUCCCGACGAGUGGACACAGGACUCCCAAGGAAACACACGCGACAGCUGUAUGACCGAUUAUCGUGGAAAGAGGCGAGCGUGCUGGCCCAGCUCCGCACGGGUAUGGCAAGACUCAAUUGA